GGCGGGGGGCGGACUCCUGGACGGCCGCGCGCCCGGGAACCCGGCGCCCACAGAGCGGCGGCACCAUGGCACCUGCCGGACGCCCGGGGGCCAAGAAGGGGAUUUUGGAACGCCUGGAGAGUGGGGAGGUUGUGAUUGGAGAUGGCAGCUUUCUCAUUACUCUGGAGAAGAGAGGCUAUGUGAAGGCUGGGCUCUGGACUCCAGAGGCAGUGAUAGAACACCCAGAUGCAGUUCGUCAACUUCACAUGGAAUUCUUGAGAGCAGGAUCAAAUGUCAUGCAGACUUUCACCUUUUCUGCCAGUGAGGACAAUAUGGAAAGCAAGUGGGAAGAUGUCAAUGCUGCUGCCUGUGACCUCGCCAGGGAAGUGGCUGGCAAAGGUGAUGCUUUGGUUGCAGGGGGGAUCUGCCAGACAUCAAUAUACAAAUACCACAAGGAUGAAACUAGAAUUAAAAAACUUUUUCGACAACAGCUAGAAGUUUUUGCCUGGAAAAAGGUGGACUUCUUGAUUGCAGAGUAUUUUGAGCAUGUUGAAGAAGCUGUGUGGGCUGUGGAAGUCUUAAAAGAAUCCGAUAGACCCGUGGCAGUUACCAUGUGCAUAGGCCCAGAGGGAGACAUGCAUGAUACAACCCCCGGAGAAUGUGCCGUGAGGCUGGUGAAGGCAGGGGCUUCCAUCGUUGGCGUGAACUGCCGCUUUGGGCCCGAGACCAGCUUGAAGACGAUGGAGCUCAUGAAGGAGGGUCUUGAGCGGGCAGGGCUGAAAGCGCACCUCAUGGUGCAGCCCCUGGGGUUCCACACGCCCGACUGUGGCAAAGAGGGGUUUGUGGACCUCCCAGAAUAUCCCUUUGGACUGGAGUCCAGAGUUGCCACCAGAUGGGAUAUUCAAAAAUACGCCAGAGAAGCCUACAACCUGGGGGUCCGGUACAUUGGCGGGUGCUGUGGAUUUGAGCCCUACCACAUCAGGGCAAUUGCAGAGGAGCUGGCCCCAGAAAGGGGCUUUUUGCCACCAGCUUCAGAAAAACAUGGCAGCUGGGGAAGUGGUUUGGACAUGCACACCAAACCCUGGAUUAGAGCAAGGGCUCGAAGGGAGUAUUGGGAGAAUCUGCUGCCAGCUUCAGGCAGACCUUUCUGUCCUUCGCUGUCAAAGCCAGACGCCUAAGGAGUAGUGAAAGAAAACCCUGAAAUAACAGAACGGAAAAAAGUUGCCCUCAAGCCCGACCUGGAACCCUUCCUCGCCUUCAUCCUCACCAUGCCCUGCUAUCUCCAGCUGCUGAGCAGCUGAGGCGCUGCAGCCCCUUCCCUUCCAGUCCACAAGCACCUACAUAUUGAGCUCCUGCUGUGGUUAAGCACUGCAACAGACACUACCAGAGAUGCAGAGAAGCGAGAGAGGCACCUUGUUCUCCAAGAACUUACUGGCCAAUAAUGCUGCAGUGCAUUCCUUUGAAGAUCAUCAGGAAUAGCCAAACUUGUCUUUGAGGGUGAAUUUGACACUUUAAAAUAAUCAGAAGUCACUGAGACCCAAAGCUAGUGAAUAAUUCAAGUGACUAAGCUAGGUACUUGAGGAUGAUAGAGCAACACUAAACUAAAGCAAUGAGUGUGCUUUUCUUUAAUGAUUUAUAUGAUAACUCCAAAGGCAAUCCCAAAAGAAAAGAUGUAAAGAAUGUUUUGAGCAAUGGUAGGAUUAUUGAAAUAAAUGUAUAACUAUCCAAAGUGA